AUGGAGAAUAGUCUUGGAUGUGUUUGGGUACCCAAGCUGGCUUUUGUACUCUUCGGAGCUUCCCUGCUCAGCGCACAUCUUCAAGUCACUGGUUUCCAGAUUAAGGCUUUCACAUCCCUGCGCUUCCUGUCAGAGCCUUCCGAUGCUGUCACGAUGCGGGGAGGAAAUGUCCUCCUGAACUGCUCUGCUGAGUCUGACCGAGGCGUCCCGGUUAUCAAGUGGAAGAAAGAUGGCGUCCACCUGGCCUUGGGAAUGGACGAAAGGAAGCAGCAACUUCCAAACGGCUCUCUGUUGAUACAAAACAUACUCCACUCCAGGCACCAUAAACCAGAUGAGGGACUUUACCAAUGCGAGGCAUCUUUGGGAGAUUCUGGGUCAAUUAUUAGCCGGACGGCGAAAGUUGCAGUAGCGGGACCACUGAGGUUCCUAUCGCAGACAGAAUCUGUCACGGCCUUUAUGGGAGACACAGUGCUACUCAAGUGUGAGGUUAUUGGGGAGCCUAUGCCAACAAUACAUUGGCAAAAAAACCAACAAGACCUGAUUCCCAUCCCAGGUGAUUCCCGAGUGGUGAUGUUGCCCUCUGGAGCCUUGCAGAUCAGCAGACUUCAACCUGGGGACACUGGAAUCUAUCGAUGCUUAGCCCGGAAUCCAGCCAGCACAAGAACAGGAAAUGAAGCAGAAGUCAGGAUUUUGUCAGAUCCAGGACUACAUAGGCAGCUGUAUUUUUUGCAAAGACCAUCCAAUGUAGUAGCCAUUGAAGGAAAAGAUGCCAUCCUGGAGUGCUGUGUUUCUGGCUAUCCUCCCCCGAGUUUUACCUGGUUACGAGGAGAGGAAGUCGUCCAACUCAGGUCCAAAAAGUAUUCUUUACUGGGUGGAAGCAAUCUGCUUAUCUCCAAUGUGACAGAUGAUGAUAGUGGAACUUACACCUGUGUUGUUACAUAUAAAAAUGAGAAUAUUAGUGCCUCUGCAGAGCUCACGGUCUUGGUUCCGCCAUGGUUUUUAAAUCACCCUUCCAACCUGUAUGCCUAUGAAAGCAUGGAUAUUGAGUUUGAAUGUUCCGUCUCUGGAAAGCCUGUGCCCACUGUGAAUUGGAUGAAGAAUGGAGAUGUGGUCAUUCCUAGUGAUUAUUUUCAAAUAGUGGGAGGAAGCAACUUACGAAUCCUUGGAGUGGUAAAGUCAGAUGAAGGCUUUUACCAAUGUGUAGCUGAAAAUGAGGCUGGAAAUGCCCAGACCAGUGCACAGCUCAUUGUCCCUAAGCCUGCUAUCCCAAGCUCCAGUGUCCUCCCUUCUGCUCCCAGAGAUGUGGUCCCCGUGUUGGUUUCCAGUCGGUUUGUCCGCCUCAGCUGGCGCCCACCUGCAGAAGCAAAAGGGAACAUUCAAACCUUCACGGUCUUUUUCUCCAGAGAAGGUGACAACAGGGAACGAGCAUUGAACACAUCCCAGCCUGGGUCCCUUCAGCUUACUGUGGGAAACCUGAAGCCAGAAGCCAUGUAUACCUUCCGAGUUGUGGCCUACAAUGAGUGGGGACCAGGAGAGAGUUCUCAACCCAUCAAAGUGGCCACUCAGCCAGAGUUGCAAGUUCCAGGGCCAGUAGAAAACCUGCAAGCUGUAUCUACCUCACCUACCUCAAUUCUUAUUACCUGGGAACCCCCUGCCUAUGCAAAUGGUCCAGUCCAAGGUUACAGAUUGUUCUGCACUGAGGUGUCCACGGGAAAAGAACAGAAUAUAGAGGUUGAUGGACUAUCUUAUAAGCUGGAAGGCCUGAAAAAAUUCACGGAAUAUACUCUUCGAUUCCUAGCUUAUAAUCGCUAUGGGCCAGGAGUAUCUACUGAUGACAUAACAGUGGUUACACUUUCUGAUGUGCCAAGUGCCCCGCCUCAGAACGUCUCCCUGGAAGUAGUUAAUUCAAGGAGUAUCAAAGUAAGCUGGCUGCCUCCUCCAUCAGGAACACAAAAUGGAUUUAUUACCGGCUAUAAAAUUCGACACAGAAAGACGACCCGCAGGGGUGAGAUGGAAACAUUGGAGCCAAACAACCUCUGGUACCUGUUCACAGGACUGGAGAAAGGAAGUCAGUAUAGUUUCCAAGUGUCAGCCAUGACAGUUAAUGGCACUGGACCACCUUCCAACUGGUAUACAGCAGAGACUCCUGAGAAUGAUCUGGAUGAGUCUCAAGUCCCUGACCAGCCAAGCUCUCUUCACGUGAGGCCCCAGACCAAUUGCAUCAUCAUGAGUUGGACUCCUCCCUUGAACCCAAACAUCGUGGUGCGAGGUUACAUAAUUGGUUAUGGCGUUGGGAGCCCUUAUGCCGAGACAGUGCGUGUGGAUAGUAAACAGCGAUAUUAUUCUAUUGAGAGGUUAGAGUCAAGUUCCCAUUAUGUCAUCUCCCUAAAAGCUUUUAACAAUGCAGGAGAAGGAGUUCCUCUUUAUGAAAGUGCCACCACCAGAUCUAUAACAGAUCCCACUGACCCAGUUGAUUAUUAUCCUUUGCUUGAUGAUUUCCCCACCUCGGUCCCAGAUGUCUCCACCCCCAUGCUCCCACCAGUAGGUGUACAGGCUGUGGCUCUUACCCACGAUGCUGUGAGGGUCAGCUGGGCAGACAACUCUGUCCCUAAGAACCAAAAAACAUCUGAAGUGCGACUUUACACUGUCCGGUGGAGGACCAGCUUUUCUGCGAAUGCGAAGUACAAGUCAGAAGACACAACAUCUCUGAGUUACACAGCAACAGGCCUCAAACCCAACACGAUGUAUGAGUUCUCGGUCAUGGUAACAAAAAACAGAAGGUCAAGCACAUGGAGCAUGACUGCCCACGCCACCACAUAUGAAGCAGCCCCGACCUCUGCUCCCAAGGAUUUGACAGUCAUUACUCGAGAAGGGAAGCCUCGUGCUGUCAUUGUGAGUUGGCAGCCUCCCUUGGAAGCCAAUGGGAAAAUUACCGCUUACAUCUUGUUUUAUACCUUGGAUAAGAACAUACCAAUUGAUGACUGGGUUAUGGAAACAAUCAGUGGUGAUCGGCUUACUCAUCAAAUCAUGGAUCUCAACCUUGACACUAUGUAUUACUUUCGAAUUCAAGCACGAAAUGCAAAAGGAGUUGGGCCCCUGUCUGAUCCCAUCCUCUUCAGGACUCUGAAAGUAGAACACCCUGACAAAAUGGCUAAUGACCAAGGUCGUCAUGGAGAUGGAGGUUAUUGGCCAGUUGAUACUAAUUUGAUUGAUAGAAGCACUCUCAAUGAACCACCCAUUGGCCAGAUGCACCCCCCACACGGCAGUGUCACUCCUCAAAAGAACAGCAACCUGCUUGUAAUCAUUGUGGUCACCGUUGGCGUCAUCACAGUGCUGGUGGUAGUGAUCGUGGCUGUGAUUUGCACCCGGCGCUCUUCAGCCCAGCAGAGAAAGAAACGGGCCACCCACAGUGUUGGCAAAAGGAAGGGCAGCCAGAAGGACCUCAGGCCCCCUGAUCUUUGGAUACAUCAUGAAGAAAUGGAGAUGAAAAAUAUUGAGAAGCCAUCAGGUACUGACCCUACAGGAAGGGACUCCCCCAUCCAAAGUUGCCAAGACCUCACACCAGUCAGCCACAGCCAGUCAGAAACCCAGCUGGGGAGCAAAAGCACCUCUCAUUCAGGUCAAGACACUGAAGAAGCAGGGAGUUCCAUGUCUACUCUGGAAAGGUCACUGGCUGCCCGCCGAGCCCCUCGGGCCAAGCUUAUGAUUCCUAUGGAUGCUCAGUCCAACAAUCCUGCUGUCGUGAGUGCCAUCCCUGUGCCAACCCUGGAAAGCGCCCAGUACCCAGGAAUCCUUCCAUCUCCCACGUGUGGAUACCCCCACCCACAGUUCACCCUCCGGCCUGUGCCAUUCCCAACAUUGUCUGUGGACCGAGGUUUUGGAGCAGGAAAAAGUCAGUCAGUGAGUGAAGGACCAACCACCCAGCAGCCACCCAUGUUGCCCCCAGCACAGCCUGACCAUCCCAGCAGUGAGGAGGCACCAAGCAGAACCAUCCCCACGGCCUGUGUUCGACCAACUCACCCACUCCGCAGCUUUGCUAACCCUUUGCUACCUCCACCAAUGAGUGCAAUAGAACCGAAAGUCCCUUACACACCACUGUUGUCUCAGCCAGGGCCUGCUCUUCCCAAGACUCAUGUUAAAACAGCCUCUCUUGGGUUGGCUGGUAAGGCAAGAUCUCCUUUGCUUCCUGUAUCUGUGCCAACAGCUCCUGAAGUAUCUGAGGAAAGCCACAAAGCAACAGAGGAUCCAGCCAACGUGUAUGAACAGGAUGAUUUGAGUGAACAAAUGGCAAGUUUGGAAGGGCUAAUGAAGCAACUUAAUGCCAUCACAGGCUCGGCCUUUUAACACAUAUUACCCAAUUGAUGAGGUGUAUUUUCCGGGAACUUUGCAGCAUACCAAUUACCCAUAAACAGCACACCUGUGUCCAAGAACUCUUAACCAGUGUACAGGUCAACAAUCAGGACCACUCACAGAGGAUCCUGAAGCGGUUCAGAAGGAAUAAGUGUCCCUUCUUUCAUAGGCAUCAGGAAUUUCACAAUGAUUACUAUGGGGUCCCUAAACAAAAGUAAAUAAACGUCUUCACUGCAAUGUCAAAGCUGAAGCUGCUAGACUAGUCCUGGGUCUUUGCCACUGCAGUGACCACACCGUCAUAA